AAGAAAAUAUAUUUAAGGAAUGGAGGUUCUUGUUUUCCCGCAGGAUUUUUAAUUCACAAUUUUUUUUUUGUUGCUUUAAAACAAUUACAAAUUACACAAAAAAUUCCAAUGCCUUGUUAGAUAUAAUACUUAACAACUUAACUCAAUUAUUUAUAUAAGUAAACUAUAUAAAAAUGCUACCGUCAACAGGUUUAUUUAAAACAAUUAUUUGUCCAUUCUAUCACGGCGGCGAAGGCGUCUCAUGUUUACGACCUUACUGUCAUUUUAAACAUGUUCGUAAAGAUGAUCCAAAUGCUGAAACAACAAAAGCUCCCGAAUACACAGCUUCAACAAAACAACCCAAAUUACUAACACUCACCGAACCUGCACCAAAAAAGAAAAAAUUAGAAUACACUCCCAAUGAACCGGGAAUUAAUAUUAGGAAGAAGUCAUCUUCUUCAAAUAAGGUAAUCAUUGAAACAAAUGCUCCAGUUUAUGUUCCAUCGGAAUCAUUGCAAACUACUGCCGCAAAUAUUGCAAAUAUUGAUUUAAAUGAUUGCGAUGAAGAACUUAAUGAAUUAUCUGGAAUUAUUGAUGAUGAUCAAUUCGAGAAAGAUGAUGAAACUCCAUCUCCGACAAAAGAAAAGGUAAUUGAAAUAAAAAAAGAACCUAAUUUGUCUCCGUUGCGAAUUGAAGAGGAAACUCGUCCUUCUUCUGAUUCAGUUGUAGUUAAAACUGAACCUUUAGAUGAAGUAAUUACUAUUAAAAAAGAACCUUUAGAUGAGGUUAAGAUUAAAAUUGAAAAAGAAAAUCCUCCGAGUGAGGUGAAAAUUGUAUCAAAGGAAGUUUCUUCCAAAACAAGUAGUAAUCGAUCCCAUCGUGAGAAUGGUGUAUCUUCGUCUUCUUCUCGUUCCAAACAUAAGAAAAGUAGCAAGGAACGGGAAAGUAGUAGUAGGAAACAUACCUCAUCUAAAGAAAGUCGUUCUAGCAAAGACAAAACGACAGAGAGGGAUAAAAAAGAAAAGGACCAUGAGAAAAAGGACCAUGAUAAAAAAGAGUCUGAAGAGAUUCGUUCCAAAAAGGACCAUGAUAAGAAAGAGUCUGAAGAGAUUCGUUCCAAUAAAGAAAAGAUUAUAGAUAAGCAAAUAAAGAAAUCAUCCUCAUCUUCAACAUCGAAUGGGCAUCAUCGACAUUCUUCGUCGUCGUCAUCGUCAUCACAUCACAAGCACAAGUCUUCUUCGACUUCUUCAAACAGUCUUUCAGAGACCAAAGAUCGAAGUAAAAAAGUCAGUACUCAUAAAACCUCAUCAUCAUCGAAUAAACCCCAUUCAUCAUCCAGUUCAACAUCAUCAAAGCCAAUUCCUAAAAAGGACUCUGCGCAAGAAAUAAGUCCAAUUAAAAAACCAUCACUUCCACCACCAAUAACAUCGAAUGAUGAUAAUAAUCACUUUGAUGAUUUAGGAUUAGAAAAUUUAGAACAAUUAUUUCCAACAUCUGAAGAAGAUAUACGAAAAGAAUGUGAAAUGAUUUAUGAUCAAGUUGAACAACAAUUUGCAUCUAUGCAUAAAUCUGGAUCACCAGAGCCGCCGACUCCAUCGAAAAGAAAAGUUUCAUGUGAUGAGGAGGAUGAGAAAUAUCCAGGAUUGUUGCAGCAGAAGAAGAGGGUGGCUAGGGAGAAUUCGAUAAAUGCAAAACCAUUAUUUCAGAUUCCUGCGAGGAAACCAAGUCAUAUGCAAAAUGCAAUGAAGUCCGUUUAUAACCGCCAAGAACAAGUUAGAAAAGCGCAAGAAGAAAAAGCUGCCGCUAUAAAAGAAGCUGAAGAGAAAGUACGCGAGGCAAAUGAAGCCUUACGCAAAAUUCAACAAAAGGAAUUAACACCGAUAAUACCAAAAAGUUACCUACAACCAUCCAAACCUAGUGGUCGAACAAUAACCCCAGUUGCAAAUAUUAUAGCACUCGAAAGAGCUAGGAAAAAAGUUGAAGAAUUAAAAGCUGAACGAAUGCGUGCAUUUACGCCUUCUCAAACUGCACCAAAAACAACUGGUCGAGUUGCACAUAUAUCAACAAAUGCAACAAAGGUUGUUCCACCAAAACCUCCAGUACUUGAACCAGAAUCCACAAAAAUUUCCUACAAUAUUCGUAUGCAAUACUAUGAGAUUAUGGUUAAACAUUGCAAUGCAAUUUAUCCAAAUACAGCAGAUGCAUGGGAUCGGGCCCAAUCUGAAGAGUUGGCUGUAUUUAAAAAGUGUAGCACUCCUGUUAUAUACAAAAAUAGCGCUAUGUUAGCAAUAAACAAACUUAGAAAAGAAUCUAUAGAAGCAGGAAAUAAAACCCCAGACAGUAAUAAGGUCAUAUCGCAUGAAGUUAUUUUAGCUGGCAAGUUGGCUAAAAGUACUUCAUGGAGUGUCGCUAAAAAAAUAAAAAAAGAAUCAUCACUAAGUGGAGAACCGUUUGAUAGAUUACCAGGUGAUAAGGCCUACGAUAUGAUUUAUGAGCUUCGACUCACAGAUGAACAACUGACAUCAAAUGGUUAUCCAAGACCAGGCCUAGUGAAUGGAACAGCAAUUAUUUCAAAUACAAGAACACAAAUUCGUCGUCAUAAUGAAAAUGAAAGAUAUUGCCGACGUUGUUCCAAGGUAUUUGAUUUGUCAAUGUAUGAUUCACCAGCUGUAGAUGAGUGCAACUAUCAUCCAAAGAGUACAGGUUAUAGAAGAGGUUUCGCUGAUAAUCAACACAGAUGCUGCCAACAACCAGCUGGUACACCGGGUUGCUCUUACGCCAAUUAUCAUGUUUCUGAAGAAAUAAAUGUAGACAGUCUCAAAGGUUAUAUGACAACAAUAGAUAAAGGCGAAGAUUAUGUAUCCACCAAAAAGGAUAUCUAUGCCUUGGAUUGUGAAAUGUGUUAUACAACUCAUGGAAUUGAACUAACACGUGUAACAGUAGUUGAUAUCAAUGCUCGUACUGUCUAUGAUGCCUUAGUUAAACCUGAUAAUAAAAUUGUAGACUAUAAUACAAUAUACUCAGGUAUUACUGAACAAAUGAUGGAAAACGAAACACGAUCCUUGCGGGACGUACAAGGUAUUCUCUUAUCGAUGUUUCAUUCAAAAACAGUGCUUAUUGGCCACAGUCUAGAGAGUGAUCUUAAAGCAUUGAAAUUAAUUCAUAGUGUAGUUGUGGACACCUCAGUUUUGUUCCCUCACAAAAUGGGACCGCCUAAGAAAAGAGCACUCAAAACAUUAUGCAUUGAGAAUUUAAAACGAAUUAUUCAAGAAGAUGAAGCCGGACACGACAGUGCCGAAGACGCAGAGGUUUGCAUUCAGUUGGUUAAAUUUUAUCUAAGAAAUCGCAUCAGUUGAACCUAAUUUAAUAAAAAAACAAUAAUAUUUAGUUUUAAAAUAAGUUCAUUAAUAAUAUCAAUCUUAUUAUUUAAGUGGUGAGAAAUAAUUUAUUUGCUUAAAAUAAUAUUUUUGUUUUAAGAUUUGCUUA